AUGACCAGCAGCUUCUACUACCGUGGCCAGUGCGUCCAGGCACACCUCCUGCAAGUGAGGCGCAACUUCAUACUCGCGCUCAAAGCAUCCAUGUUCGGGUUGGAAAUGUGCAAAGACGUUCGGGCGUGUCAGGCUGAUAAUGUCAAAGUCACAUGCGGAUCACGGCUAACUAAGAGAGACAUCGACCAAGCGAUUCGAGUCAAGGUCAAGUUCACCUUUCCCUACGAGCUCUUGGGUAAUGGCACCAAUACAACAGGCCUAAUGAGGUUCAAGGACACGUUUGUGAAAGGACUCGUUGGGUCAACCAAGUUGCAGACUAUUGGAACUGAUCAUCUGAUGUUGAACAGUCAGCUGACCUCAUUCGGGAACCCCUCACCUAGAUGUCGCCGUGGCCAGAAGGCACUCAAUGGAACCUGCUCCGGUUGUGGACCAGGGUAUGUUGUCAAUCCGGUGAGCGAGACCUGUGUUCCAUGUCCCGUGGGUUACUUCCAGGACAAGGACAGCGCCCUCUGGUGUCAGCCAUGCCCUCUACGUCAUACCACGUCUACCUGGGGAGCAACAUCGUACGCGGAGUGCGCCAGUCGCUGUCUCCCGGGACAGUACUCGGACAACGGCCUGUCACCCUGCCUCCAGUGCUCGUUCGGCACCUUCCAACCUGACCACAGUUCCACGUCCUGUCGCAGGUGCCCGCCCGGUACUAUCACCCCACACGAUGGCGCUGUGACCAUACAGGAAUGUCAAGCAUAUGACGUGACAAUUGCCAGCCAUGGGAAGGCAUUGUUCAGACAACAAGCUCGGGAUCUGAAUCAGUGGACGUACUCCCUAUGGUUCAGACUGCAUGGUUCAGUCCACGGGGAUGUCAUGCUCGGACAAUGGUCAACAGAUGCUGUUCAACAGGUGGUGGCCUUAUCAAUAACAAACAGCACAAUCAAUUUCUAUUCUAAUGGCAACGUCUACAGCAAGACGGGGAUCACGCUCCGACCAACGUGGAAUCAUUGCGUCAUUACGGCGUCUACCGGAGCCACCGCACGCGCCUACAUCAACGGCCACGAAGUCCUAACUGUGACGACAUCCAUGGUGUCCAUUCCACAGAACUCCCGGCUCCAUAUUGCGGCCGAUACAGCAGGCGUCAGCGUAUCCAGGGUUUUCCUCCAUGACUAUGUCAUUGGCGACGUUCUGAUACCGGGUCUGGCCAAAUCAUGCAGCGUUGACGAGACUCCGCGAGAGUUAGAUCUGGACUCUAUAGAUCAUAGUACCUCAAACACUGACGUCAUCUUUCCAAGCGUCUGUAGAAGUCAGUAA